AUCAUCAACAAUUCAGAGCCGGCGAAGCUUGCCGUUCCCGCCGCCGGAGGAGAGUUUUUACUGUUGCAGUGGUCACAUGAAAUGAUCUUGGGUUGAUGUUUGUGUAUGGUAGCAGAGGAAUAUAGUCAUGAAGCUUAUUUCACUUGUUAGAAGCGUUCGUUCUCGCCAAUGUCAACCGGAAGUUAUCUGGUCUGUGCAAGUUCGUUUCUUGCAGCAAGAUUCUGUCUCGAAAGCUAAGCCUAAGAAAUACAAAUACCCGUCAGUUUAUGAUCCCUAUGGUCCUAGACCCCAGCCUUCAAACAAAAUCAUGGAGUUAGCUGAGCGUAUAGCUGCGUUAUCUCCAGAAGAACGGAAACAAAUUGGUCCUGCACUCAAUGAACACCUGAGGCUUCCAAAACAACAGAUGAUUUCAUCGGAUGGCAUUGGUGCAAAACAAGAUACUGGAGCUGGGAAAGUUGAGGAGAAGAAGGAGAAGACGGCUUUCGAUGUGAAGUUGGAGAAGUUUAAUGCAUCUGAUAAGAUCAAAGUGAUAAAAGAAGUGAGAACGUUCACGAGUUUGGGUCUGAAGGAGGCGAAAGAGCUUGUGGAGAAAGUCCCAGCUAUUCUUAAACAAGGUGUGACAAAGGAAGAAGCUAAUGAAAUCAUAGCAAAGAUCAAAGCUGUAGGUGGAGUCGCAGUUAUGGAAUGUUUUGUAAUAACAAAUCAAUUACUAGUCAUUGAGAAACCUGUUUCAAUGGCGAUUCACAAGCUUCCACUUCUUCUCUUUCUCUCCACCCUCCUCUUCCUCAAUCGCCCUGUUCUUAGCGACACUGAUGAAGAGGACAUUCUUCUCACAGGAAUCAACAGCUACAGAACAACACAGAAUCUAACAACCUUAAGCAAGAACGAAAACGCAGAAUGUCUAGCUGACGAAAUCGCAGACCAAUUCAAGAACAAACCAUGCACCAACGACACUGGCUCAGCCACAGUACCUGGAACCGAGCCACAGUUCGCAAACUACCCUCAGAUUCUAGCCAAAUGCCACUUAAACGUCUCUGACACUAGAGACGGUUCGAUUAUGCCUGCAUGUGUUCCUCGUUUAGAAUCAAGCCUCGUCCUCACAAACUUCACCAAGUCACAAUACUCAAUGAGUUUGAACGAUUCAAAGUUUACAGGGAUUGGUAUUGGUAAAGAAGAUGAUUGGAUCGUUGUGGUUCUCACUACCAACACACCAGAAGGAAGCUAUUCUACAGCUACACCUUCAAAACAGGAUUCAAAUGGCUUCACCUUUAGUGUUGGUCUCGAUAUUCUCGGAUCGGUUCGCCGAUCCUUGGUUUUCCGGUCUUCUUUGGCCGGAGACGAUGGUACUAGCGGCGGAGGUCUUAGCGGAUUCGUCGGGAAGAUUAACUCAAGUAUCCGUAGCUCUCGAAUUGGCCUAUUCACUAAGCCGCCUCCAGGCCUUCCUGCUCCUAGAAAAGAAGAAUCGCCGUCGAUUCGGUGGAGGAAAGGGGAAUUAAUCGGUUGCGGUGCUUUUGGAAGGGUUUACAUGGGAAUGAAUCUCGAUUCCGGCGAGCUUCUUGCAAUUAAACAGGUUUUAAUCGCUCCAAGCAGUGCUUCAAAGGAGAAGACUCAGGGUCACAUCCGAGAGCUUGAGGAAGAAGUACAACUUCUUAAGAAUCUUUCACAUCCAAACAUUGUUAGAUACUUGGGUACUGUAAGAGAGAGUGAUUCGUUGAAUAUUUUGAUGGAGUUUGUUCCUGGUGGAUCAAUAUCAUCUUUGUUGGAGAAGUUUGGAUCUUUUCCUGAGCCAGUGAUAAUAAUGUACACAAAGCAGCUGUUGCUGGGUUUGGAGUAUCUUCACAACAAUGGGAUUAUGCAUAGAGAUAUUAAGGGGGCAAAUAUUUUGGUCGAUAACAAAGGGUGCAUCAGGCUCGCAGAUUUUGGUGCUUCCAAGAAAGUUGUAGAGCUAGCUACUGUAAAUGGUGCCAAAUCUAUGAAGGGGACACCUUAUUGGAUGGCUCCUGAAGUCAUUCUUCAGACUGGUCAUAGCUUCUCUGCUGAUAUAUGGAGUGUUGGGUGCACUGUGAUUGAGAUGGCUACAGGGAAGCCUCCCUGGAGCGAGCAAUAUCAGCAGUUUGCUGCUGUCCUUCAUAUUGGUAGAACAAAAGCUCAUCCUCCAAUUCCAGAAGACCUCUCACCAGAGGCUAAAGACUUUCUAUUGAAAUGCUUACACAAAGAACCAAGCUUGAGACUCUCUGCAACCGAAUUGCUUCAGCACCCGUUUGUCACUGGAAAGCGCCAGGAAUCUCAUCCAGCUUACCGUAAUUCUCUUACGGAAUGCGGAAACCCAAUAACUACACAAGGAAUGAAUGUUAGGAGUUCAAUAAAUUCGUUGAUCAGGAGGUCAACAUGUUCAGGCUUGAAGGAUGUCUGUGAACUGGGAAGCUUGAGGAGUUCCAUGAUAUACCCACAGAAGUCAAAUAAGUCAGGAUUCGGUUGGCGAGAUGGAGACUCUGAUGACCUUUGUCAGACCGACAUGGAUGAUCUCUGCAACAUUGAAUCAGUCAGAAACAAUGUUUUGUCACAAUCCACCGAUUUAAACAAGAGUUUUAAUCCCAUGUGUGAUUCCACGGAUAACUGGUCUUGCAAGUUUGAUGAAAGCCCAGAAGUGAUGAAAAGCAAAUCUAACCUGCUUUCUUACCAAGCUGCUGAACUAAAAACUGGGGUUCUAUGUAAUGAGGAAACCAGCUUAACCUUUGCUGGUGGCUCUUCCGUUGCAGAGGACGAUUAUAAAGCCACAGAGUUGAAAAUAAAAUCAUUUUUGGAUGAGAAGGCUCAAGAUUUGAAAAGGUUGCAGACCCCUCUGCUUGAAGAAUUCCACAAUGCUAUGAAUCCAGGAACACCCCAAGGUGCACUUGGAGACACCAAUAGCUACAAUUUACCAAAUCUACCAACUAUAAGCAAGUCACCUAAACGGCUUCCGAGUAGACGACUCUCAGCAAUCAGUGAUGCUAUGCCCAGCCCACUCAAAAGCUCCAAACGUACACUGAACACAAGCAAAGUGAUGCAGCCAGGAACUGAACCAACUCAAGUCAAUGAGUCGAUCAAGAAGGGAGUAACUAAUAGCCGUUGGUGAGUUAGCUCGUGCUAAAGUUACUGGUUAAAAGCCUGAAAUUGUUUUGUUUUUCUUUGGUGCUAAUGUUUCUUUCUUCCUCAGUUUUUCAGAGAUACGUCGGAAGUGGGAAGAAGAGCUCUAUGAAGAGCUUGAGAGGCAUCGAGGCAAGUGUUUUUUCUUCAAGACUAAACAUUUAAGCAAAGA